AUGGCUGAAACACCGACAGAUAAAUUUCACUUAAGAAACGCCCGCGGCGACAGUCCGAGGAGGACAGAAUUUACCCUAACUCGGCUGGCGGAGAGCACGCCCGACCUCGUGCUCGACCUGCCCGCGCGCGCCGCCGACGCCGCCGAUACCUUCGCGCACAACCGUGACACGCUCCGCAAGCGCCCCGCGCACCCCGCGCACCCCGCGCACCCCGCCGCGCACAGACAGGCGUGCGCCGAGGGCGGGGAGGCGCGCGCGCCGGAGGGCGAGGCGAGCGGCGGCAGCCCCGUGCCGGCGCGCAACACCAUGCGCGUGGCCGCCAAGUUCGCGGAGCUCACGCUGACGGGCGGCUCGCUGAAGCCGGCGCUGGCCGCCAAGCCGGCGCUGCUGCGGCGCCCCACCCCGCACCCCGCGCGCGCUCCCGCGCCGCCCGUCGUGCCGCCCGCGCCGCCAGUCGUGCAGGCGCCCGCCGCGCCGGCGCCCGACGCCGCGCCGUGA